AUGCCCGCGGACUAUGAGUCCACGGCACGGGCAUUGGCGCUGUCUACCUCGCCGCCCGAGCCGUUACCCGAAUCUCCUGGUAGUGAUGGUCGGUCGCCAGUCUGGAGUCGUUCGAAUAGGCGGGACUCUGCCAGGUCUGCCCGUCAGGCAACCACCAUGCGCGACAGACUCUUCGACCGCGGUAAAGAUGUUUAUCGAAAGGCGCUUGCUCGAUGGGAGAGUAUGACCCUGUGGCAGAAGAUUGGGUUCUAUGUUGCCUCGAUCUUGACCGCUGCCGUGGGAAUCGCGUUCCUGGUUUUGUCGGCCAAGGUGUUCAUCUGGAUUGGCCCCCUCGCCGAAAAAUGGGAACACUCUCCACUAGUCGCUUUUGUAUUAUGGCUCUGUGUGUUCUUCGUCUCAUUUCCGCCGCUGGUAGGAUGGUCGACUUUUGGAACCGUGGCGGGCUUUAUCUUUGGCGUGUGGAAGGGAUGGUUGAUCUAUGCUACCGCGACUAUCCUCGGCUCCACCGCCUCAUUCUAUGUUUCGCGAACAGUGCUAUCGGGAUUCGUCAAGCGUCUGAUGCAACACGACAAACGGUUCGCCGCGCUUUCCCUCACGCUGAAAUAUGACGGGUUGAAACUCCUCUGCAUGAUCCUUCAGCCCUUGAUGUAUGGGCUGGCUACCGCGAUCAUCUCCCCCAAGCUAUUGGUCCCUGCGUUCAUUGGCAGCCGAUUGCGCCUUUUGUCUGAAAAAGGCGAAGAGAUGAGCGCAGGAUCCAAGGCUGUGAAUAUUAUUAGUAUUUUUGUGACUGUCAGCAUUGGAGUCGGCACCGGGUGGUAUAUUUAUCAAAGGACUUUGGCUCGUGCGAAAGAACUGGAAGCCAAGGAGCGCGCCAAUAUCAGGGAAUCCCUCCAGGCCGAUCAUGCGGCCCACCGGCCUCAUGGCAGAUUCUCCGAAGAUUAUGACGAGAAUGAGGCUGCGACCGUGUUAGCUCGGGAUGAGGAGGAGCGUAUUGGGUUUGACGACCUGGAUGACGAUAAUGUCGACCUUGAACUCGGCGAUGACAGCGACAGCGACCGCUCCGAGCGAUGGAAGAAAAAGAACCGGAGAUCCUACCAUGAUGAAUUCACGGAUAACGACUCUGAUGAUUACCCUGGCGAGGACGAGGCAUACGGACUACACAGCCAUGUUGGACGUGAAGCCUAA